GGGAGCGGUUCCACGUGGGUUCUCCUUGUCCUUUGCACUGUUGAUGCAACAGGCUUUGAAAUCGUUGCUGGGUCUCGUGACUCCGGCCAUCGAUUUUGACCGAGAACGGUGUCUGUGCUUUCGGGUGGGUUGGGCAGAGAAGAGAGAGAGACGGAUGGCGGCGGCGGUAGCAGCAGCAGCAGCUAAAGAACGAGGUCUCCCGAAGAUCGACUUCACCGGCGUCGGCCAGGCCGACACCGGAUCGCCUAGCUGGGAGGCUGUGCGGGAGCAGGUGAUGCAAGCGCUUGGGUCCUACGGCUGCUUUGAGGCGGUGUACGACCGGGUUACUCCCCAGCUCCGUGGCUCGAUCUUGGAGAUGGCCGCCGAGGAACUGUUCCCGCUGCCUCUCGAGGCCAAGAUCAAGAACACGUCCGACAAGCCCUUCGGCGGUUACCUCGGCCAGAUCUCGGGCUUCGACUAUGAGAGCCUCGCCAUCACGGACGCGCCCCUUCCUCACGGCGCCCCAAGGUUCUGCGGCCUCCUGUGGCCCGACGGGAACCCCGAUUUCUGCGAGAAGGCGUAUACGUUCUCCAAGAAACUGGGAGAACUGGAGGAGAUGGUGAGGAGGAUGGUGUUGGAGAGCCUGGGGGUGACCGAGUACCACGAGGAGCAGUCGGCGUCCAUCUGGUACCUGCUUCGUUUCUCCAAGUACGGUGCGGUCGGUGACGGCGAACAGGAGGAGGAGGGAGAGAGGAAGAAGGCGGGAUAUAUGGCGCACCGGGACGUCAACACGCUGGGGAUCGUGUGCCAGCUGAACGGGGUGGAUGGGCUGGAGGUGGACAGCGGAGACGGGCAGUGGAUCCCCGCCAAGCCCAGCUCCCCCACCUCCUACUUCGUCAUCGCCGGCGAUACCUUUCGGGCAUGGAGCAAUGGCAGGGUGACCGCCCCUCUGCAUCGCGUCAACGUGGGUGGCGAGGACACGAGAUACUCUGUCAUACUUUUCUCAGUUCCCAAGGACGAGGCGGUGAUCCAAGCCCCGGCGGAGCUGGUGGACGAACGCCGCCCCACCCUUUUCCGUCCUUUCGCCUUCGGCGAGUUCUUGCGGUUCUGCGCUACAGAGGAGGGCAUGAAGGCCGAGUGCAAGCUGAGUGCUUAUUGCGGUCGGGCGGCCGCAGCGGAGGCGGCGGAAGCAUGAUCGCUACGUGCUGGGGAUGGGAAUGGUGUGUUGGUCCGCAGCUCGUCGUCCUUAGAAUCAAGGAGCUUCCUCCUUAAAUCAUCAGUAUGCAUGAAAAUGACAUCAAGGAGUCAAUAAAGCUUGUUUGAUUACUCGCA